CAGACCCGACCAAUAAGCCCACUUUCAACCUCGCGCAAAGUCGCGACAACUCACCUCUAUCUACGCAAUCUCCCAAGUUUAAUUGAAAACCGCGUAGUUUCAACGAUGGCGGAUUCAGAGUACACCAGUAACGACGCCAACGACAAGGUCACCGUCAAGACAUGGCGAGCAUGGCGAACCAUCCACGAGAUGGUUCAGGACCGAGGUUACGAACUAUCUGACACAGAAGUGAACAUGACCCUCGAGACGUUCAAAAACAUCUACUGCAACUUCGACGGUUCCGUCGUGCGAUCGAAGCUCAAAUUCUCGGCUCGCCCUAGUCCGGAGAUGAUCAGGAAGAUGACGCCGAUCGCAACACCGUCGAACCCGGACCCGAAGGCGGACGUGGGCACGAUCUGGGUGGAGUUCCUCGACGAAGAACAGCUAGGCGCGGACCAGAUGCGACGAUUCGGCAAGUUCUGCGCGCACGAGAACCACCACACCGGCAUCCUAGUCUCGCACGUGUCCGUCUCGCCCUCCGCCAAGAAGGAGAUCGCGAAGUUCGCCCAGUGGACCUCCAUCGAGUGGUUCCUCGAGGAGGACCUUCUGAUCAACAUCACCCACCACGAGCUUGUGCCGCGCCACGUCGUCCUCUCUAGAGAAGAGAAGGUCGCGCUGCUCAAGCGUUACCGUCUCAAGGAGACCCAACUCCCUCGUAUCCUCCAGAAGGACCCCGUCGCCAAGUACUACGGCAUGAAGCGCGGACAGGUCGUCAAGAUCAUCCGUUCCUCCGAGACGGCUGGACGGUACGCGAGUUACCGGUUGUGUGUAUGAGCAGAGUAUCUCGUCAGCUCUAUACCUAUCGAUACCUUACACCUACCUAUACUCCAUACCCUAUGGUCUAAUCCGACAAGAGGAAGGGAGAAGAAGGAGGCGAGGGAAAAAGAAAAGAAAACAUCAUUGCAGAAACCGGCGUCUAUGAGCAUGAAACUUGACUUUGGCUUGGGU